AUGUCACGUCUAUUUCUGCAUAAAAACUCACUGUGUAUGAGCACGGACAACGGCAACACAUCGUUAUUACAUUUUGGUGAUAUUAUUUCACUCUAUACGGAAGAAACGGCCGAUCUCCCGAUGCCUGUUUGUAAUGUAUACCAUAUUAUUCUCGUUUCAGACUGUCUCUUCAAAGUUUGUCCGGUGAAUCGCUACGCGGCACAGAAACAAUUCUGGACAGAGCAGAAACGAUUCGUCAGUGGCGAGUCAACGUUUGACAACGAUAUGAUGAAUAAACUGCGAAUAGCGGCUGAGAAGGAAAAGGAGCAGAACGAACUGGAAUUUCGUAAAACACUUGGAAAUGUGAUCCAGUAUGGCACUACCGUACAACUACUGCAUGUAAAAUCCGACAAGUACGUCACGGUGCAAAAAAACUCACCAGCGAAAUGCGAGCGCAACGCUAUGAAAGUUUACCUUGAUCGUGCAGGGAAUGAAGGCAGUUGGUUUAUCAUUGAACCCGCUUACAAACACUACGUUAUUGGAGACAGUGUCGCUGCUGGAAACAAAAUCUCGCUGAUACCCUACUCCGUCAAUAAUCAGUCAUCGUCGGGUCACGUAAAGCAUCAACUUCAUUUGAGUCAUUUCCUACUCAAAGAUCAUCAGACGGCCGUAGAGGUGAAUUGUCUUAACGAAUCCACAGAAUGGCAGGUGUUUAUGUUCUUGUUGUUCAACGAAAAUCAACCCGAUAUUAUUAAAUCGGGAGACGUGGUACGACUUUUCCAUGCUGAUCAGCAGACUUUCUUAACACUAGACUCUGUGCCGAAUACAUCGCCUCCUCAGGACGUCGUCUUUCUCCGAAUGACGAAUCGCCCAUCGGCCGCAGAUGCGACUAGCUCCAGGGCACUAUGGGAAGUACAGGUGGUGCAGAAGGACGCUUAUCGAGGAGGUGCUGCUAACUGGCGAGAGUACUAUCGGUUUAAGCAUCUGGCCACCGAUAUGUACCUGACAGCCAUCCCAACAACGUCGGCGAUGAAACCGUCAACUAGUUGCCGACGAGUUAAUCUUAUGCAAAUGAAGUAUGCCACUUAUUACUAUUUGGAUUUCCUAAAUAAAGAUGUACCGUGCAAAUCGUACGUUCGCCUACAACAUGACGUCACCAACACAUGGGUUCACGCCACUAACGCGAAUGAUAAACAAAAUUUGUACUACAGUAGUAAGAACGAAAAAGGUUGGGUUCGUGUGAUUUGCGCUAACAAUCGUGUGGACAAGGAGACAUUCGCCUUGUUACCAGUUCAUCCAAAUGAGGUUCGCGAUUUAGAUUUUGCUAAUGAUGCGUGCAGAGCGUUACGAAAUUUCAUACGACAAAUUGGAAGCGGUGAACCGGUGACAAAGGAGGCGAUCAACGUUACAAUCCAACUACUCACUGAAUGCAUCUACUUUGUAACGAACACCAAAAAUCACAUGAUGGAUCCCCUACAAAUCACCGAUUUCACACCGUCACGUGACCGGCAGAAAUUGCUGAGGGAGCAGGAAGUCCUUGACCAGGUUGGCUUCUUAGUAUUCUACCCGACUGAGACGCUUUGGAACGCAACAUAUUUGCUUGAUCAGAUGCUUAUGGUUUUCUAUGAUGCUGUGGUUUUUCAACUUCUCAAAGCACCUUUCAUGCCACGACAAGGUGUCACGGAAAUUGGUCCACUCCUCAGCUCGUUAUCGGAUCUCAGUGAGGGACGGAACGAAGUGUUUAAGACGAUGUUCCAGCUCUGCUAUAGUUUACUAAGAUAUUCUCAAGUAAGCUAUCGCAAAAAUCAGGAGUUUCUGGCGGAGAAGUUUGGUCAGAUUCAGGAACAAAUUGGCUAUGAUUUGCUUGCUGAAGACACAAUGACGGCCGUAUUGCAUAAUAAUCCGAAACUUCUUGAGAAAUAUGUAAAGACUCCACAUGUGGAACGCUUCGUUGAACUUAUCGUAAUCGUAAAGGAUUACAGGUUUUUGGACUAUCUGGCCGAUCUUUGUGUAUGUCGUGGUGAGGCGAAUAAGAAAGUACAAGAGCUGAUUUGCAACUCAGUGCUUAGUGAAAAACAUCGUGAUAUCAUUAUGGAAACGAAACUGGUCAGAGUUAAUGGUGAAGUUCAUAUUGGUUGGAUAAAUCAACAACUUCGAAGUCUAGUGGAACUAGCUGAGAGCGUAAAGGAAGACACAAAUGAUGCCGAGCACCAGCUAGAUUUGUUGGCUCAGAUGUGUCAAGAACAGCAAUACCUAGCAAUAGAUCCACCACCUGAGCGUAAGCUGUUGAACAUCUCACACCAAUUGCCGGCUGAAUUGGUUCUUAAAUGCAUGUCUGAUGCACGACUUCCGUGUGAAGUACGAGCGUCGUUCGCUCGUCUCAUGUUGCAUUUGCACGUCGUUCGCGGAAGUCCGUUGAAUGCUAUUAGACAUGCUCGACUAUGGACUGAUAUUCCUGUCGAAGUUAAAUUAAAAUCUUACAAGAUCACGUCGUUAGAAGGUUAUAGCGACGGUGGCCGUGCUCGCGUCGGGGAUCAGUUCGCAACUGAUGUAUUGAAUACGGUAGAAAGUUAUCUGAACUCGCUUCGUCACAGUCGUUCUUCAGAACCUAUACUAAAAAAUGAUGCAGCAAGUGUUGCUAACAAUAAGCUGACGUAUGAAAUGGUAACUCUGGCGAAAGCACUGGCUCAGUUCGGCUACUACAUGUUUGAUAACUUGCUUACGCUCACUGAGAAUUUGCUGAACAUCGUUGAUAACAGCCCUUACAACCCGCAAACUGGUGAAAAAGUUUUUUCAGCUCACAGUGUGUCACAGGGAAUGUCUAUGAUACAUCGUGUCACACAAUCGAUGAUAGGUAGCGGAUCGAGGAAAUUAUGUGAUGGACCGAUUAUGAGAAAUUCUGAGAAGAGCAACAUUGAGGACAGUGGCCAAGCUAAAGAAAGCCGGCAAUUAUUGGUGAAGACGAAGCUUACUGUUGCUGAAAUUCUCCAGGUUAGAUACAGUGAAAGCAUGCCGUUUCAGUUUGUGAUGGACGUACGUCGUGACUACCGUAUCACCAUGGCACUAUCGUGGUUCAAGAAGAAUUUUCCGUGUGAUGAAAACGGUGUUCUGAGUCGUACAGCAAACAUUAAUGAGUGGACUCAAACGAUACAUGAUCGAAUCCACUUUCAGAUGACCAUGUCCGAUUAUCCACCACUUACCAGUAUCGCCUUAAAAGUCUUGUUCCGGCAUUUCACUCAAUAUCAAGAACUUCUUGAGGAUUUGAAACAGGUUCAACUGCUGGUGUCGUCUGAUGAUGUAGAGAACUAUCGGCUUAUCGAUCGUGACUUGUUCAUUCUUAAGAAUCUCACAGAGAAAUCCGAGUUGUGGGUUCACGGUGAACGUCACCAUUCAAUCGAUAGCAAAGAUCAUGAAAAGGAAGAUAAGAUAACGAAGACGGAUUUCGAGGAACAUUUACUGUUUACGUCGAAAGCUUUCACAUCGGAAGAUAUACUGAGAAGUAUCAUUGACAUCAUUGACGAACACUACUCAAAUUCUCGUAAAGACUGCCUACGUCUUCUUAAUCAGCUACUCAUCAGUGAAAAUCGUACCCUGGCUAAUGCCGCUCUGCAAGAACUCAACGAUCGGACACCGUUAAUCGCCUAUCCGUUGAUCAGACAGAUAUUGGUUCGCUUGAAAAAGUUGUGCUACAAGAAAGACCGACCGGAUAGUAUGAAUCAACAACUUCUGAAGAACAUGCGGGUCUAUGAAGUGGUGCUGGAAUUUCUAAGUAUUCCAUACGACAAGAAGAAUGACAUCGAAAUGCCACGCCUUAUCACUCUUUCGCAUGAAUUUCUUCGAAGUUUCUGCAAAGGGAACAAGGAGAAUCAAAGUCGAUUGCAUAAAUACAUCUCCAUUGAAAAAGACGCCAAAGAGGGAACGCUCAGAGUGGAAACAGUCGAAGAGGCUGCCACAUUGGUUGCAAUAUUCCGAAACAAUCGCGAGCUGGCUGCAAACGUUUCCGAGGAUCUUAUCGCCCACAUCGUCAGUCUUAUUGAACACAAGUCUCGUAAUGCGGUAUUCCUAGAACUUCUUCAGUCGCUCGUUUGUAUCCACGACAAAGAAGUCGAGACCACUCAGGAUAAAGUUGCCACGGAGAUUUGUGCGGCAUCAGACGAAGUUCGAGCUCUGUAUGUUGACAAUGCCUCAUUCGAACAACUCGAACAAAUGAUGCAAGAAGCGUCAUCGUAUCUCGAUAAUACACAUCCUCUCAAAUAUCACAUAGAAUUAGUUAGAUUACUUGCAAUGUGCACUCGUGGUAAAAAUGGUAGUACAGAGCUGAAAUGCGCUUCCGAGAUUCCGAUGGAUCACAUAGUACGAGUUGUCACGUCACAAUCAUGUCUAGUAGAAGUAAGCGUGAAGACCGCCUAUUUUCAAUUUCUUCUUCACUGUUACAUCGACACAGAUGCCGAGAUGAAGGACGCUUAUAAACCCGAAUAUGUGGAUUCAUUGUUACAUAACAUGCUGCUGGAUGUCCAGAAGUUGGAAAAAGGUCUGGCAGCAUCGCCAAAUAGUUGUGGUCUGCUAGAACAGUAUGUCUGCUCGACCGUAACCGAGAUUCUAUUGAGAUUCUUCGAGAAGCCUUACAGCGAACAAGCCAAAGUCGACAUCCACGUAAGUGAUAUACCAUUCCUUUCACAUGCUUGA